AUGGUGAGCUUAAGACCAGACGACGAAACGGCCGUGAUGCCGCUCAUCCUGCAGCUCCUGCGGCUGAUCGGUGUCUGGGGAGAUGGCCCGGUUCGCUACCGGUUCGGGUUCAUCUUCAGCAUCUACUUUUUCGGAUUGAUGGUACCGAAGCUCCUUUUUGGCUACCCGUCGCUCGAAGCCGCCGUCCGUGGCUGUGCGGAGCUGAUCCUCGAAACGAACGUCUACUGGGGCACGCUGCUGUUCGUGAUGCGCCACGAUCACUUUGUGGCACUGAUCGAAGAGCUUCAAGCGUUCGUAAAGAUUGUGUUCCGAGACUAUCAGCCGAUGUCCAUCGGGAGCUACCUGAUCGUGCACAACUAUCGGAUCCACAAGUACAACCUGGUGUACUGCGUCGGCAUGAUCACCGCCGUUACGGCCUACUGUAUGCUACCAAUCUGGGACAGUGUGACGGCGUAUCUGUACAGUGGCAACGGUUCCACGGUUGAGUUCCAUCUUCUGAUGGAGGAAGGAUUCUACGGGCUCGACCAUCGUACGUCGUUUUUGGAUUACUGGAUCUAUACCGCGUUCAUGGUGCCGAUAAACUGGGCCAAUGCGUACACCGGGGCCGUAAAAUGUUUGGCCAUCUUCGACUCGAUCAAGUACUGCGAAACGAUCCAGCACGUGGUGGUGAUGAAGCUGGAGCAUCUUCGUGGGCUGCCGAGUCUCGGCAGCGAACGGGUGGAAGCCAUGGCCGAAAUUCUUGAGCUCCACCAGCGGGCGUUACGCUGUGCCGAGCUGUUGGAACUCGUGCUUCAGCCCGUGAUGCUGACCCAGUUCGUGCUGUGCAUUCUGAUUUGGUGCACGAUGAUGCUGUACUUUGUCGUUUCCGGUAUCAAUUCGAACCUUCUGAACAUGAUGAUCCUCUUUCUGUACGUGACGAUCGAAACGUUUGGCUACUGUUACCUCGGAACGAAGCUCUCCGAAAAGAGCUUGGAGGUAGGAACGGCUCUCUACGCCACCGACUGGUACACGUUCGAUUGCAAGAUGCAGCGGAACGUCAGGUUCAUGAUCAUGCGAUCGCAAAGGGCGUCCAGACUUACGGCGGGCAAGUUUGCCUUCGUCGAUAUGGAAGGCUUCGGAGCGAUGGUCAACAUGUCGUACUCUUGCUUCGUCGUGCUGAAGGACUUACUGUGA